CGGGAAAGGCUGGUUUAUCCAUCUAUUCAGACACGGCCCUGUAGUUCCCGUAUAUGAUGAAGACUGAAAACUAAACCGAAACUAAACAGUAGCGACGGUUAUACGCGGCUAAGAUUAAUAAUACGGUAACUUCUGGAGGCGUUAAAGCACAGGUUUGGAUCCCGUAAUCUUGGGAAAUGGCCACAUCCGUGACUGCUGCUGCUCAUGGAGUUCGGGUGGUGACCCACAUCAUCCCUCUGGACACCCCUGCGCCUCCAUGUCCUACUGAGAGCAAAGAGAGCCAGAUGAAGUCAAGCUUGCCUCACAUGACCAGGUUGUUCCUGAAAGCAGAGCCCGUGGCCCUGGGGACUCUGCAGGUGUUCGUUGGGUUUGUGAUGAUUGCUGUGGGAAUAAUUACUUUGGUCGCAGGUACGCAACAUGGAGAAGUCCCCCUGGGUCUUGGAAUAUCGUGUAUCAUCUGUGGAUCUGUAACUUUGGCUGCACACAAGGGAACCUCUCUUCGCCUUAUUAAAAGCACUUUGGCCCUGAACAUCAUUGGCACACUGCUGUCCAUUUCAGGCAUCUGCUACUUCUGCGUUGAGCUUGCCAUCAGACCUGAUCUGGAUGAUUUUUCCUACAGGGGGUACUGGGAUUACUGGUAUAUGGCAAUGCGAUUCACUACUAUACAGGAUGGACUGAAUGGUGUGCUGUUAGUUUUUUCUGUGUUGGAGGUGUGUGUCUGUAUCACACUUGUCGUCUUUUCCUGCAAGGCCAGCCGUCCAGCCUCUGAGACCAAAAUGGUGGUAAAGGUGCAGACAUCUGACCAGCUGUGCUAUGGCAGCCAUGAUGCUCUCCUGACUGGAAAGGAUGUUGGGGCUUGUGAUCACCCUCCAGCCUACGAACCCUAAAUGGGCACUUUUUUUUUUCACAUAACUAUAUGCCAAGCAAAGGGUUCUUAUGCAGGACAAUCAUUAUAGCAUCUGAACUGACAUAAUAGCUUCUCUUAUUUUACUCAUUCUUUUUUUGCCAUAGUAACUUAGUAUAUAGAGUAUAGUAAGUCUUCAGCAGUUUAAUUUCACUUACCCAGCUUACCCACUUACCCAACAGAUUGUCUUUAUUGUGCCUUGUGUAGCUUGUUACAAUGUUUUUUUUUAUUUUUUUAUUUUAUUGAGUUCACUGGGCUAAACUCCUGUAAUUAAAUCAGAAGUGCA